AUGAUGAGAAAUGAGAAAAAGGUGAGUUUCAACUAGGCUUUUCAACGCGCAUUUAUAACGAAAAAAAGAAAAGAAAAUUUAAGCUUAGAAGCGUUUUCAAAGGUUUUUUCAUCGUCGUAAGGUGUUCACUACGCUUAUAAGAAUGAGAACCUGUUUUUGUUAACCAGGAGCGAAUAUUCAAUAAACGCAAAAUUGAAAAAAAAAACUUAUGAGCUGAUGCAGUAACUUUCUUUUGUUUCCUUUUUCAAGUUUGUUUCAAAAGAUUUCGCAUUGUCUUUGGCAAAAAAAACCCAUCAAAGUUUUAUGUUUGAAAUUUCGUGGAAAAAAGAGGAUCCAUUUCAACGCCACGGUGGCUGUUUCGUCUCAAUUGUCAUCUUCUCGCUCAAAUUUUCUCUCACUUUUUUUCCUUCUCUUAUCAUGCCACCUGCCAGACGCCACAUGUAUUUUUCUCGAUAGACGGGACUGUUCGUUGGCUCCGCCUCUCUGAAACGAAUAAGAAAAUUCAAAUAUAAAAGCGCAUCGGCUCGGGAAGAAUUUUCAUUAUUUGCAGGCCAUCGGAAUGUCUCACGAACACUUCCCUCACUUUGGCACCUCCGCCAUCCACGUCGGGCAGGAGCCUGAGCAAUGGGACAUGAAUCAGGUAACACAUUCCAGAGUCCUUAUUUUUUUUUUUACAAAACUCUCCCUACAUCUAUUUCGUGAAAUUUAGUACUUGUGUGUGAGAAAUAAAAAGUUUUGAUUUUAAGAUUUGAUUUUGAUUUGAAAAAGUUUCGAUUGAUUCCCACCUAAACGAUAGAGUUUAAAGAAACUUUUGUGUAAAAAAAUUCACAAAGUUGAUUAAAAAAAUAACUUUCAAAUAUCAUUGAACAAAAGAUUUUUUGGUCAGAAAGUUUUUGUACAUGAAAAAAUGAUGUUCAAUUUUUUCAAAAUUGUUUUGCCUUCUACAAGGAGAGUUUAUAGAUUUUCGCAAGAUUUUUCAAAACUUUUCGCAAGAAAAGCCUUGCGAAUUUCUCUUAAACUCAAUUCAAACAAAGUGGCGAAAAGCUUUUUCCACGAUUCCGCAUGAUUGUCAGGGGUCAUCACACAGUUUCGAUCGGCGGCACAGAUAAGAACAGAUAAGAAAAACGUGUGGUGAUGAUUCUUUUGUCAAAUAGUGCAACUGACAUCAAAGAAGUUUCGAAAUUUCUCGUGAUAAGAACUGAAAAUUAAACCAGCAAAAUAACUACUCUGAUUAACACUGAGAGCGUUUGAAACUAGACUUCUGAAAAAAAAAUUUUUAACUCGUUUUAUUUCUUUACCGUCAUAAAUCUUUACUUUUUUGUAGGUAGUUCCUCCGAUUUCGCUGUCGACGACUUACAAGCAAGACAGACCCGGUGAGCCCAAGGUGCACGACUAUUCGCGCGCCGGAAAUCCGUCCCGAGAUGUUCUUCAGAAGAAUUUGGCUGCCCUCGAAGAUGCCAAGCACUGUAAAUAUUUCUUUUAUUUGGUAGUGAAGAUGACAAAGGGAUAUUCAGAGAAAAUUUAACUGAUUUUUCGAUUUCCUUAUUUUAACUCAGGUUGAUCUUUUUCUAAGAUGUAACUUGAUCGAAAUAAGCUCCCUAAAGUGUUUUGAAGAAAGUUAAGAUGAUUCUCGAAUGAGAUAGCCUUUUUGGGAUAUUUAAAUACCCGCCCUAUUUUCAAAAAGUUUCUAGUCAAAAAUGGAUCAAUGAGGUGUAUAAACUAUUUGUGUCUAAAUUCUCAUCUGGUUUAUCUUUAGGCCAAGUGUUCUCGUCGGGCCUGGCGGCCAGCAUGGCGGUGAUCAACAUGCUCAAAGUAGGCGACCACAUCAUCUGCAGUGACGACGUUUACGGCGGCACGCAGCGUUUCAUUCGCCGCGUCUCGGUUCCUCACCACGGUCUCGAGGCUGAUUUCGUCGACCUCACCGUUCUCAGCAACCUCCCCGCCGCCAUCAAGCCCAACACAAAGGCAUGUUUUGUGAGAAAAAAUUUCUAAAAUAACCUAAUACUCUUAUUUAGAAAAAUUGGAAAAGCUUGAAAUGUUUAUUUUUAAAUCUACUCUGAAAAUUCUAGAUGAUCUGGUUCGAGACGCCCUCGAAUCCGCUUCUGAAGGUCGUUGACAUCUCAGCUGUCGUACACGAAGCAAAGAAGAUCAACCCUCACAUCUACGUCGUCGUCGACAACACAUUCAUGAGCCCGUACUUCCAGGUAGUCGACUACGAAUUAACAUCGUUUCAUGAAGAGCCGUUCAGCGACCAAUCUCCCUUGGAGCCGACGUCGUCGUCCAUUCUAUCACCAAGUACAUCAACGGCCACUCGGACGUCGUCAUGGGCGCCGUUGUCACCGACUGUGACCUCAUUCAGCAACAUCUGUUCUUCCAGCAAUUGGGUACGCCGUUUUUUACACUAAUUCUCAAUAUAAGUUCGAAUUUUUCCAGCCGUCGGUGCCAUUCCAUCGCCUUUUGACUGCUUCCUGGUGAACCGAGGGCUGAAGACCUUGCACCUUCGGAUGCGCGCUCAUUACGAGAACGCUUUGGCUAUCGCCAAGUAUCUCGAAGCCAAUGAGCGUAUCGAAACAGUGAGUUGAUCAAAAAAGCAAUGAAAAAACAACUCUUUCCGCAAAAGAACUGUCACGAAGUUCAAUGAAAAUUAGUGAUAUUAGCGCUUUUUCGAGCUCAAGGAUACACUUUUAUCUCGCAAAAAAAGCACAAUAUAUUUUGAAAUCUCAGUGAUCUUGUUUUCCUUUCUGUAAACUCGUUUUUUUUGCCAGGUUUUGUACCCGGCUCUGCCUUCGCAUCCACAGCACGAGGUGCACCGAAAACAGACCAAAGGCAUGUCCGGCAUGAUCUCGUUCUACCUCAAAGGCGAUCUCGCCGCCAGUCAGACGUUCCUCAGCUCGCUCAAGGUUUUCACGUUGGCCGAAUCCCUCGGCGGCUAUGAGUCCCUUGCUGAACUUCCCGCCGUCAUGACCCAUGCCUCCGUCCCUCCUGAGGUAAUUUUGGAACGAGCAUCUGCAUCUUGAACAAACUGUUUGUAGGUGCGCAAGGAGCUGAGGAUCACGGACAAUCUCAUCAGAAUCUCCGUCGGCGUUGAAGACCUCGACGACUUGGUCGCCGAUCUCGACCAAGCGCUCAAGCUCGCCAUCCCCAAAGUUGUUGUCUGA